AUGUCUCGGAUGCAGAGUGACAAAGAGAAGCACCCAGAACUCUUCAAGCCAGACUUGAACAUUGACAGGCGGCAAUGCAAGCGUGUCGUACCUCUUGAAGUCUUGGCUUUGGGGAUGUCCAAGACGGGCACGUCGUCUAUGCAACGAGCACUAAUGAUCCUCGGUUACAACGAUGUCUAUCAUGGAUUUGCCAUGGUCUCAAACAUUUGCGAAGUCGAAAUGUGGAUGGAGGGCAUGCACGCGAAGCAGAACCCCAAGUCAGGCCAGCAACCGUUCGGUCGCACAGAAUUUGACCAGCUCCUUGGUCACUGCGGAGCCGUUUGCGAUAUGCCAGCUAACUUCUUCGGACCUGAGCUGGUGGCGGCAUACCCUAAGUCCAAAGUGGUCCUCGUCGAGCGCGACAUUGAAUCCUGGUACAAGAGCUUUGACGAGAGUAUCGUCACCGUCGCGUUCAACCCCGUCUGGCGAUUUUUAUCGUGGCUGCGAGCCAAGUAUGUGGCUGAGAUUGACGACAUCACCUUCACGUGGUUGAAGUACACCUUUGAUGCAGAGACAAGAAAAGAAGUCCUAGAGAAGGCUCGCGAUGGGUAUCGAAACCACUACGCGACUAUUCGAAGAGAGACACCCCCUGAUCGGUUGCUCAACUAUAACCUAAAAGACGGAUGGGAACCAUUGUGUGCCUUCUUGGGGAAGCCUAUUCCUGAUGUUCCAUUCCCUCAUGUCAAUGAUCAUGAGGCAUACCACGAGAAGCUUCAGAUAAUCAUCAGGAAAGGGGCGGUUGGAUUCGCAAGGAAGGCGACAUGGGUUGUGGUUCCGGGGCUUAUAGGUGUAGCGGCGUAUUAUCUCGGGUCGAGGGAGGGGUUGCUAACAAGCAUCGCAAGAAUCAGCAAGUGA